AAUAUAUGUCAUACAUACGCUUUCCUUGCAACUUCCAUUUCAAGGAAGAAAAUUUUUGUUGGUGAGAUAUAUCAUCAGAAAUAUGAGGAGGGUGGUCCGCAAUAGCUUCCCAACAUCACCAUCUAAUACGAUCCAUCUCCUGGUCCUGGGCAGAAUCGCGGUUUGCAGUCUGCUUGCAGCCCCUUAUUGUGCAACUGCGCUCGGAUUCAAUCUCACUAGUAAUAUUAGCAGCAGCAGCAGCAUUGGGCCUCAGCUUGUCAUCAGUUCAAAUAUAAUUAAACUCUACGGAGAUGCUAACAUCUCAGACCAAGGCAUCAUCCAAGUCACCCCAGACGAGCAGGGCAUAUACCGUGAACGCAGAGCCGGCAGAGCCGUCCACGCCGACUCUCUUCAUCUUUGGGACAAGCCUUCUGGGAAUUUGGCAGAUUUCAGCACCAAUUUCGUGUUUGUGAUUGACUCAAACGGGAGCUCCAGAUAUGGAGAUGGGCUGGCGUUCUUUCUUGCACCUAUACAUGAUGUUCCCAAUAAUAUCAAUCCGGGUGGAGCCAUUGGCCUUCCUAUGAAUCAAAUCAGCAACCACUCAUGGAAACCAAUCACCUCAUUUGUUGCUGUGGAGUUCGAUACCUAUCUCAAUGGAAUAGAUCCACUGACAUCAUCCAGAACCCAUGUGGGCAUCGACAUCAACACUACCCACUCGAAUGUUACUCAAGAGUGGCUUAGCAACAUUACCGGUGGAGCAACAAAUGAGGCUUGGAUUACUUACAAUUCUAGUUCGAAAAAUCUGAGUGUUGUUUUCACCACUUAUCCUGUAAAUAACACAAGGGUCGAGGGAGCCCUUCAUUUCUUGGUUGAUCUACGGGACUACUUGCCAGAAUGGGUUGCCGUCGGUUUCUCAGCUUCAACGGGGGCAAGGUUUGAGACAAACCAUGUUAAAUCAUGGAGUUUUAGCUCGAGUUUGGUUGUUCCUAACAAAACAGCUUCCAGCCCCUUAAGCAAGGGACUGGUGGUGGGACUGAGUGUGGGCCUACCAGCUUUGGUGCUUGUGUUGGCCUUGGCUGGCUAUGUCUUCUGGAAGAAAACUAGAGCAGAGGACGAAUUUGCAGUUGAACUAUCUAUGGAUAAUGAAUUUGAGGCAGGUACUGGGCCAAAGAAGUUUUCAUACAAUGAACUAUCCUGGGCAACUAGUAACUUUGCAGAGAAACAGAAGCUUGGUGAGGGAGGAUUUGGAGGUGUUUACCGAGGUUUCUUGAGGGAAUUGAACUCCUAUGUUGCCGUGAAGAGGGUAUCAAAGGGGUCAACGCAGGGAAUAAGGGAGUACGCGUCAGAAGUGAAGAUCAUUAGCCGGUUGAGGCAUAGAAACCUGGUGCAGCUCGUUGGUUGGUGCCAUGAGAAAAAACAACUGCUGCUUGUAUACGAGUUCCUGGAAAAUGGCAGCUUGGAUUCCCACCUCUUCAAACAGAAAACCUUGUUGACAUGGCCAAUAAGGUAUAAAAUUGCUCAAGGCCUGGCCUCAGCACUGCUCUACCUCCACGAAGAAUGGGAACAGUGUGUGGUCCAUAGGGAUGUUAAGUCAAGCAAUGUUAUAUUGGAUUCCAAUUUCAAUGCCAAACUUGGUGAUUUUGGAUUAGCUAGGCUUGUUGACCAUGAUAAAGGAUCACAAACCACAAUUGUUUUGGCAGGCACAAGGGGUUAUAUGGCGCCGGAAUAUGUAGUUACAGGCAAAGCUAGCAAGGAAUCUGAUGUCUAUAGCUUCGGAAUUGUAGCGCUGGAGAUAGCUUGUGGAAGAAAAGCCAUUGACAAUAAGGUCCCAGAAAGCCAGAUGAUACUGGUUCAGUGGGUUUGGGACCUCUAUGGUACAGGACGACUGCUAGAGGCAGUGGAUCAAAAGAUUGGCACAGAUUUUGACCAGCAAGAAAUGGAAAGAUUAAUGAUUGUUGGGCUCUGGUGCGCGCACCCUGAUCACAAUCUCCGGCCUCCUAUUAGACAAGCAAUUCAAGUGCUUAAUUGUGAUGCCCCGUUGCACAUCCUUCCGGCAAUAAUGCCAGUGGCAACAUAUUUUGCUCCCCCACUAAAUCCCUUGACAUCUCUGGUUUCUUCUACCGAUGGCACCAACUUUUCUGACGGCAGCCAAGUCCAGUCUUCAAGCUAUAGUCACAACACUGAUUCUUCAAAGAUAAUAAGGUCUAGAAUGGAAUUGGAAGGUGGUGGUGGAUUGGUGGGGACGGUGGUUGACUAGUAGAGCAAUGAUCAGUGAUCAGAUAGGGAGGAGUGGGGGUUGUUCUGUUUUUGUUGCUUGGUGUUUGGAAGACUCGAAUAUAGCUCUCAUAUGUGUUGGUCUUGUUCCUUCUUUAUACAACCAGUGACUUCCUUAUAUGUAUGAUUAUGUGUAUGUUGUUUCAAAAGGGAACUGUUAUUUUGAUAACAUCUUCUCUCGCAAGUCUGGUAUAAAAAAAAGUAUGAUUGCCAGAAUAGAAUGUAAAUCUCAAACGUGGACAGCUUUGAUGAAGUAUGUUCUUUUCUAACUUAGAUUCAGAAUCCAUGAAUAUAUAUAAAGGACUCAUUCAA